AUGAGGGUGCAGCGGAGAGGGCGGCAUUGGGGCUGGGGGUUGCUGGUGGUGGCGCUGUUGGGGACGUGGGGGUGGGCGAGUGAUGGCUUGGAGUUGCAUGCACUGUGUGCUGUGAAUGGAGCUGGCUUUGGGAAUCAGCAUCGUGAGUAUGUGGGAUGUGCGGCCGUGGCGGAGCAGCUGCAGCGGAGUCUGACCCUGGGUCCGUUCCUGAUUAAUCAGUUUCACGAGCAGCGGGUCAUUCAUACGCAUGAGAAUGCCCGGCGCUAUCUGGAGCUGGAGCAAGUGUACGAUGUGGAUCGACUGCGCGGUCACGUACAGCUGCACACCGCCGCAGCGUUUCGCGCCGCGUGCCCGCUGGACGAGAUUAUCGUGCUGGAUCUGACGCCCGAAUCCAAGCGCAAGGCGUCGGAUCGCAACACCCAGUGCCUGGCACUCCAGAGCGUCGGCUACGACUGUCCUACGCACCUGCGCCACGUGAAUCGCCCUGAUCGCGUGUACUUGGCCGGUCUGCCCGAUGUGUUGGCCGCCGAGGGGUUGGCGACGCACCGGUGCCUUUUACUCCUGGGAAGUUUUAAGUUUACAAAUCAGCUCGUGUCGCGCUUUGUGCGCAGCCGUGCCCCCGCAGAGGCGCAACUCGUGCAGGAAACUUUCUCUUGGUUUUAUCGCGUGGACAGGCUCCAGCAGAUGGCCGUCCGGUACAUGUCCAUGGAGCUGCGAGGCGAACCCUUUUUGGCACUGCACCUACGAUUCGAGGAAGAGAAGUGUCGGUACGGCCACAACAACCUGGGCCUGCCGAUGCGAGCCAAGCCACCUCGCGAAACGGGUACCGCCAUAUGCUUUCGCUUCUGGAAUCCCAACGAACCUCCCACGGCCUGGCUCCCGCUGGCCAAAGUCAUGGAAUUUGUGGCAGCCCGCGCUCGCGACCAGGGUGCACGCCGGUUGUUUUUGGCUUCGGACAACCAGGCGCAUUCCUUUUGGACGGCCAUGUCUCGAGAGGCGCGCAUGCACAACCUGACCCUCGCUCCUCCUCUCUGGGAGGCUGCAGCCUAUUUGGAGCACCGGCAGUUUGAGGAUAACAUCGAGCUCAUGCUGGUGGAACAAGAGCUUUGCCGGCGCGCUGCCCACUUUGUCGGUACCAUCAGUAGCACGUGGAGCGCUCAAGUUGCUGUGGAGCGGCGCAUGCAGCGCCAGGCUGACUCGAGCUGGCUUGGAGGUAUUGGCAAUCUACCCUCACCCGAGCCCGUCGGCGUUGCCUAUUUCCCGUGA